AUGUUCUUAAAAACAGUAAUACUGCUAAUAUGCACCACUUCGAUUAAAUGUGCCCAAAACGCGCGUAUCUUUGGCGGUCAACAGAGGGUUGAACCGGGAGAGUUCCCAUACAAUGCCCUUAUCAACAUUCGAGUACUGCUGAGUACGCAAAUGAAAACCUCCUGUGGAUCAAUCCUAGCGCCAAAGUGGAUCCUUGUGGCAGCCCACUCCGUGUACGACGACAUUGCCAGCCCGAACUUAUUUGAAGUGAUCGCUGGAAGGUACGAUUUGCUUCAGUGGACCGGAACAGAACAAGUGCGUCGAGUGCAAACUGUGAUCCGCCAUCCCGAGUACAAUCACGCGGUCAAAGGCUUCCACGAUAUAGCGUUGCUGCUGCUGACCACGUCGCUGAGCUACAACGAAUAUGUCCAACCGGUUAGUUUGGUGAGCAACUUGGAGUAUCCUUUGGGUGCGGUUGGAAUGGUUACAGGGUACGGAGUGAUUCAACCGAGCGGAACCACUGCGAGCUAUCUUUCGAAGUUGUCGGUGAACAUUCUAACGCCUGAAACCUGCUCCAACGGAGAUGCAUCGUGGAACACAAAUCUGAUUUGCACUGAUCCGGGUACAUGCGAAGGCGAUUCUGGUGCGCCCCUUUUCCUGCGGAACGGUGAUCAGUGGUCGCAAAUUGGACUGAUUUCAUUCGGAUUCCAGUGUGCUUUUUAUGGAACGCCAGCCUACUACACUUCCGUGCCGCAAUAUCUGAACUGGAUCAACGAAACUAUUGUAACGACCAACGACGAUGACAAUGGUUCGAAAAGAACUGCAGUGCCGCUGAUGGGGAUUAUAGUUGUGACGUGUUCGAAGAUAAUCAUUGGUUUUUUGGCGUUUUAAGUUUACACAAAUUUGAUUCGAAGAAAAAGCAAUAUGCCGAUAUGGCGCAAAGAAUCUGUAAAAUUCUUGACAUUCUCUUUAGAAGUAGUAUUAUUAGAUACAGGAACGAAAAAAAUCACAAAAGAAUCAGAGUUAACUGAACAAAUGAUAAACAAUGAAAUUACAUGGCAAAUAAAAAUAGGCACCUGUGAUAAAUCAUCCAAUAUCAUGUUAUAGUUAUACUGCCAAUCUGUGCAUAAAACCAAGUUAUAUGAUCGAUAUUCGACUGACGCCAUAAUCGACCGGGCUGGAAUAUUUGAUG